UGUCGCUGGUGCUGCUGAGCCUGGCCGCGCUGUGCAGGAGCGCCGCGGCCCGAGAGCCGGUAAGCCCCCGCCCGUACCCUGCCGCUCAUUUCCGUCCCUGGAGCCCGAGCCCUGGCGGCGUCCGACCCGCCAGCCCGCGCUUCUCUGAAGCAGGCGUGGACCCUCUAGGGCAGCCCGGCUGUCCCCAAGCUGGUGGGCAGCGGCGUCAGGCUGCUUGAGUCAGGACUGCUGUGCCCAAGUGCCAGCCCAUGCCUUUGAUCCCGUCAUCAAACCUCCAUGUCCUCAUCGGAAAAACUCACCGGGGUCUCAGAAGACAGAGCCUCGACGCAGCCGCAGAGAACGUGGCCCGCGCCAGGGGCUCGUUGUUGUUACUGCCUGGGGUCUGCCCACCUGUUGGGCACAAGAACUGCUAGUCCGUUAGCACCUGCCUUUGUCACGUUGGAUGCCGUGUUCAUUCAAGCAGACUGUUCAGUGUGGCUCUGAAACUGGGCCCUCUCCAGAGUGGAUGGUCCGACACACUUUAACGCCCGGAGACUUGAGGGACCUCCGAGCAGAACCUGUUAAAAUCAGUGUUGGAACAGAGGAUGUUUCUAUUUUGAUGAAUGUAAGCUGGAUACUCCGGGCAGAUGCCAGCAUCCGUUUGUUGAAGGCCACCAAGAUUUGUGUGACGGGCAAUAGCAACUUCCAGUCCUACAGCUGUGUGAGGUGCAAUUACACAGAGGCCUUCCAGAGUCAGACCAGACCCUCUGGCGGCAAGUGGAUGUUCUCCUACGUGGGCUUUCCCGUGGAGCUGAACACACUCUACUUCAUUGGGGCCCACAACAUCCCCAAUGCAAACAUGAAUGAAGAUGGCCCUUCCAUGUCUGUGAACUUCACCUCACCAGGCUGCCUAGACCAUAUAAUGAAAUAUAAAAAAAAGUGCAUUGAGGCAGGAAGUCUGUGGGACCCAAACAUCGCUGCGUGUAAAAAGAAUGAGACGACGGUAGAAGUGAAUUUUACAACCAGUCUCCUUGGAAGCAGAUACAUGGCUCUUAUCCAGAGUAACAUGGUCCUCGGGUUUUCUGAUGUGCUGGAGGUGGUGGAGAGCAAAGCGACGCGAACUUCUGUAGUGAUCUCAGUGACUGGGGAAAGUGAAGGUGCUGUGGUUCAGUUGACUCCGUAUUUCACUACAUGUGGCAACGACUGCAUCCGGCGCAGAGGAACUGUUGUGCUUUGCUCACAGCCGGGUGCGCCCCUCCCUCUGGAUAAGAACAGAGGCGUGUUAGGAGGCUGGCUGCCUCUCCUCCUCCCAUUGCUGCUGGUGGCCACAUGGGUGCUGGCGACUGGGCUCUACCUGACGUGGAGGCACGAAAGGAUCAGAACGACUUCCUUUUCUUCUACCACAUUACUACCCAGCAUUAAGGUUCUUGUGGUUUACCCAUCUGAAAUAUGUUUCCAUCAUACAGUUUGUUACUUCACUGAAUUUCUUCAAAACCACUGCAGAAGUGAGGUCAUCCUUGAAAAGUGGCAGAAAAAGAAAGUAGCAGAGAUGGGUCCCGUGCAGUGGCUUACCACUCAGAAGAAAGCAGCAGAUAAAGUAAUCUUCCUUCUUUCCAAUGACAUCAGCAACGUGUGUGAUGGUACCUGUGGCAAGAACGAGGGCAGCCCCAGUGAGAACUCUCAAGACCUGUUCCCCCUUGCCUUUAACCUUUUCUGCAGUGAUCUAAGAAGCCAGACUCAUCUGCACAAAUACGUGGUGGUCUACUUCCAAGAGGCUGAUCCCAAAGAUGAUUACAAUGCUCUCAGUGUCUGCCCCAAGUACCACCUCAUGAAGGAUGCCACCACUUUCUGCACAGAACUUCUCCAUGUCAAGCAGCACGUGUCAGUGGGGAAAAGGUCACAAGCCUGCUACAGUGGCUGCUCUUCCUUGUAGCCCACCCAUGAGCAGCAAGAGACCUUGAAGCCUUCCUUCAAGGUCAUCACCAAAAAUGCAUUUGUGAUGACCCUGAGGUAGACUGUUCAGCCUGUAAGUGGUCUACUAGUUUAAACAUUUCAUGCCAAUAGAAGUCUUGUUACAAAUAUUGCCAAGUGCUACAGCAUUAAGAAUUUGAACUAAAUCAGUAAUUCCAAAGCUAAAUCAGUUUUAUACCCACAAAUCAAGAAUAGUUAUAAUUGAAAAUUACAACCAAGCUGAUAAUGCAGUGAUACAGCAUCUUCAAACCAAACAUCCGGUCUUGCAAUGUGCGCACUGCACUGCAGAUAGAAUAUUACAAAGCUAAACAGUACUAAGUUUCAUUAAUGAAUAAUAAAUUUAAGAAGGCCUCACUAAUUCACUCAAUAGCUUCUUAAGUGAAAAACCUAUUACAUGUAAAAAUCUUUAUUUUUAAGAUAACAAAAGUAGGGAACAAACAAGUUGAACCCAUCUUUACUGACCAGAUGAUCUAGUGUAUAUGUAACUUGUAUUAUCUGGUAUUUGCACAAGACCACCCUUCUCCAAACCAGAUUCAUGUCUUGAGUCUUGUACAAGUGACUUUUAAGGUGAACAACAAAAUACAUUACCUAUAAACCUGUUACCUACUUUUCCCAAAGUUAACUUCUGUUAACUGUCAGAAGUUCUCAGUUUCUUGGUUAUUAUGCAACUUUUUAUGUUGAAAAUAUAAAUAAUUCUUAAGUUGAAAGUUAACCCUCUUGAAAUAAGUAAUCUUUUUACAAAGUAAAACGUAUUAUAAUGCUUUACUUAAAUUAAAAACAGAAGCCACCACAGAAUUACAGAACAUAGAGAUAUGUGGUAUUUUAAGUCUUACAACUUUCAUUUUUCUAAAAGGAUCUUACUGCAGAGGUCACACUAUAUUAGCUUAUAUAUCCUUCUAGAAACGCUUAUUUCAUAGUACAGUGCUGAAUGUUCUGGAAUGUGGAUCCGUUUCACAUAGAUUUCCAUUAAACUAAAAACCAAAACAAGCACAAAGUGAAAACUCAUCACAUCUAGUUUCAUGAGCAGAUACUUAGUAAUGGCUGAAGCCCUGUUUAUGUGGUAAAGCCCACUUAUUUGUCAUGAUUGGGUUAUUUAUUUAUUUGAGACAGAGCCUCAAGCUGUCACCCUGGGUAGAGUGCUGUGGCGUCUUAGCUCACAGCAACCUCCAACUCCUGGGCUUAAGCGAUUCUCUUGCCUCAGCCUCCCAAGUAGCUGGGACUACAGGCGCCCGCCACAAUGCCCAGCUACUUUUUGGUUGCAGCCAUCAUUGUCGUUUGGCGGGCCCCAGGCUGGAUUCGGACCCGCCAGCUCAGGUGUAUGUGGCUGGCGCCUUAACUGCUUAAGCCACAGGCGCGGAGCCUCAUGACUGCAGAAGAAAGCAGCAGAUAAAGUAAUCUUUUCACCGUGUGUGUAAGUGUUAGUAACAGAAGACGGCAUGGCUUAGGUCAAAACUUUGACCCCACCGAUGGCCAAAGUGGAAAUUAGUAAAAUUUUGUUGUACCUUAAAAAAAAAAAAAAAAACUUUGACCCCAAACCAACUUCCCUUAAAUCAACAUUUACUAGUU